AUGAGCUACAUUAUCGAAAUCGAAAAUCUGACCAAAGAUUAUGAAGUCGGCUUCUGGAAAAAGAAAAAAGUCCGCGCACUCGACGGCUUGAAUUUACAGGUCGAAAGCGGACAAAUCUUCGGAUUCUUGGGCGGAAACGGCGCGGGAAAAACGACGACCAUCAAGAUUUUGAUGAGUCUGAUGUUUCCGACCGCCGGAAGUGCGAAAAUUCUCGGCGCAGAUAUUUCAGACACGAAAAUGCACUCGCGCAUCGGCUAUUGUCCCGAAAAUCCCUACUUUUACGAUUACCUGAAAGCGUCCGAACUGAUGAACUAUUUCGGCGAACUUUUCGGUUUCGACUCUGCCACAAGAAAACGCAAAACCGCUGAAUUAUUAACUCAAGUCGGCUUGGAUGAAAAAGAUUGGAACAAACAGCUUCGCAAAUUUUCUAAAGGAAUGCUCCAGCGCGUCGGGCUGGCGCAAAGCCUGAUAAACGAUCCCGAAAUCGUCUUUCUCGAUGAACCGAUGUCGGGCUUAGACCCGAUCGGACUGCGCGAAAUCCGCGAACUCAUCGCCGGACUC